UUAGGCUUUGAUGUAACAGCAGGACAGGAUAUUGAGAAUGCAAUUAAAGAAAUUAAAGGGACUUCUGUUGCAAAUUUGAGUUCUAAUCGGAAUAGAGAUAAUAUAACUGAUUUUCCUACAAUAGAUGAAUUGGUUGGAUCAGAAUUAGAUAAACUUUGCAAGAAAGAUAUUAAUAGGCCUAUACCACAA